GAUAACACAAGGAAUACAAUCGGUUAAUUCUUUCACUAACCUCUCUCCCAUAACUUUACCCUUUUUCCCCAACCCCACUUCCUCAGUCCCUCUUCCCAUUCCAUCAAUCAUCACAACAAAUGAUCAGACCCCUUGACACCAUGUUACCCACCCAAUUCUUCUCCCCAAAAUCCCAAUUCGCACCCCUAAACACAUUCCCAGCAAACCCCCCCAAAAGACCCCAAAUCACCACAAAAUCCACAUCUCAAGACACACAAAACAACCCCCAACCCAAUAACAAAAACCCAGUUGCAGUUGUUCUUAAUGUGCCCAGAACCAUCUGGAAACAGACCCUGAGACCGUUAAGUGAUUUCGGGUUCGGUCGCAGGAGCAUUUGGGAAGGUGGGGUUGGGUUGUUUUUGGUUUCUGGGACUGUGUUGUUGGUGGUUACUUUGGUUUGGUUGAGAGCGUUUCAGUUGAGGUCUAGGUUUAGGAAGUAUCUUGCUGUUUUUGAGUUUUCUGAGGCUUGUGGGAUUUCCACUGGGACUCAAGUUAGGAUUAGAGGGGUUACUGUUGGUAAUGUUAUUCGGGUUAAUCCUUCGUUGAAAAGUAUUGAAGCUGUUGUUGAGGUUGAGGACGAUAAAACAAUUAUUCCUAGGAAUUCAUUGAUUGAGGUGAAUCAAUCCGGACUUCUCAUGGAAACAAUGAUUGAUAUUACCCCUCGAGAUCCGAUUCCAACACCUUCUUAUGGUCCUUUGGACCCGAAUUGUGUUAAAGAAGGUGUGAUUGUGUGUGACCGAGAAAGGCUAAAAGGAUACCAAGGUGUAAGUUUGGACGCGUUAGUUGGGAUCUUUACACGUCUUGGACGAGAAGUAGAAGAGAUAGGUGUUGCUAACACUUAUGCAUUGGCGGAACGAGCUGCGGCUGUUAUUGAAGAAGCAAGACCAUUGCUCUUAAAGGUCCAAGCGAUGGCGGAGGAUGUUCAACCUAUGCUGACAGAGGUUCGAGAUAGUGGUUUGCUGCAGGAAGUCGAAAGUUUGACCAAAAGUCUCUCUCAAGCAACAGAGGAUUUGAGAAAGACGCAUGCGUCUAUUAUGACUCCGGAGAACACCGAGUUGAUUCAGAAAUCCAUAUAUACACUUGUAUUUACUUUGAAGAACAUUGAGAGUUUAAGCUCCGAUAUUCUUGGAUUUACGGGCGAUGAAGCUACAAGGAAAAAUUUGAAGUUGGUCAUCAAGUCACUCAGUAGAUUAUUGUGAAGACCCUAAACUUACUAUAGAACCACAAUUUUUUUAAGAGUGAAGGUGUUUAUAGAUACUGUUGUGAUUCGUUUUUUUUAGUAUGCCAGGCAGGUUCAAUGGUUAAUGUGUUGUGUUAGUAUAGUCGGUUUUUUAGGUAUUGCAGAACAGGUGUGAUUGAAACGUCGAAUUAUUGAAACUUUGUAUUAGCUGCGUUUUGGUAUUGUAUGGGCAAGCUAUAUUUCACAAA